UCACAAGUCUCUGUCUUCACUUCUACAGCCACACACACACACAAAAACCCUAAUCUCUUCAUUUUGGUUCACAAAUCCGGCGAAGAUGAAGUACAAUCCUCGUGUGACCUCUUCUCGCCGGAAGAACAGGAAGGCUCACUUCACAGCUCCUUCGAGCGUGAGACGCGUGCUCAUGAGCUCGCCGCUAUCCAAAGAUCUCCGACAUAAGUACAAUGUCAGAUCGAUGCCGAUUCGUAAAGACGACGAGGUGCAAGUUGUUCGUGGGACGUUCAAAGGAAGAGAAGGGAAGGUGAUGCAGGUGUAUCGCCGUAAGUGGGUGAUUCACAUCGAGAGAAUCACAAGGGAGAAGGUCAACGGAACAACGGUCAACGUCGGUGUUAAUGCGUCGAAUGUGAUGAUCACUAAGCUCCGUCUCGACAAGGACAGGAAAUCGCUUUUGGAGCGUAAGGCUAAUGGACGUGCUGCCGCGGAUAAGGAGAAGGGUACCAAGUUCUCAGCGGCUGAUGUUAUGGAGAACGUAGAUUGAUAUUGAAUGAGGUUUUUUUCUCUAGUUUUCUAUUUUUAUAUAAGUUUAUAUGAAUUUUUUUUACUCCAUGGAUGAUGAUAUAUAUUAUUCAGAACUCGAAGUUAAUUUUUUUUUGGUUUUGGUACCAAUGUACCAUCAUUUUAUGCUUAAUAUAUUUCCUGGCUCUUGACAUUGGAUCGUGAUUAAAGAAUCUGAUUGAGAUUUAAAUUGUGGUUUUAA